AUGGACACGCUGCAGAAGACAGUGUUGCUUGGCCUCAGCUUCUUCCUGGCUUUCCUGGACCUAGGGACCUCCCUUCAGUGUGAGGCUUGUUACAGCAUAGCAAAAAUGUGCUCUGGCCCCAUGAAAACCUGUGCUGAUGGUGAAGAUACCUGUGGCGUCAUUCUCCAUGAGGUCUUGAUAGGGGGAAUGGCAAUCCCUUCGUUCAUCAAGUCCUGCCUGCCGUCCCGCAUGUGCAAUCUUGGCCCUGUCACCAUGAACUAUGGGAAGGUGAAAGCAAGGAGCCACUUGGCUUGCUGCACAGGCGACAGCUGUCAAACAACCUCUGUGUCCUUGCCACCAGAGGACAACGUGCCCAACGGAUACCAGUGUCCUGCCUGCUACAGCGUGGACUCCUUCCAGUGCGGUAAUGAAAUUGUAAACUGCACCGGAUCCGAGACCCAGUGUGUUGACCUUGCUGGGUUAAUGAAUUCUGGCGGACUGUCUCUGAAAGCUGCCAUGAAGGGUUGCACCACCAUUUCUGAAUGCAGUAUUGCCGAAGAUGGAAAAACCAAUCUGGGGAUGAUGGGCAUAAAGUUAAGGCAGUUCCAAUGCAAACCAGCUUCUGCUUUGGUCAGACUGAGUUCUGGGUUUGCCCCUCCAGACACCCUCUUCCUCCCUGUCCUGUCAGGAUUCAUCUUGGAGAAGGUACUUUUCUGA